AGCAUUAUGAGUAAAUAUAGAAAGUAUAAAGAUCUACUGAGAGAUAUUCCUCUCUUUCCAGACAUUUUUACUAAUGGAAUGACGCGCAACUUGGCACACCCCAAGAAAAGCUUCAUGGGCCGCUACACUAAGCGGACCAUGGAGAAGUACAACAAUGUGAUGAUCAAGAACGCUGUCAAACUGUGUCAGAUCCAGGCCCAUCAUGCUAUCCUGGAGGUUGGCUUUGGUCCAGGCUUGGGGCUCCAGGAGGCUCUGAAGUACCUGACGGACCCCAGGGGCAAGCUGUUCGGCCUGGACGUCUCUGAGUACAUGCACAAGGUGGCCCGGGAGCGCCUGGGCCCUCAGCUGGCCUUGGGGAGGGUCCACCUGCUCCAGGGCAGGGUGGAGUGUAUUCCCCUCCCGGACCACUGCAUCCACGGGGUCUUCCACUCCAACUGCCACCUCUACUGGCCGGACAUGGCCACCGCCACCGCCGAACUGCUCCGUGUCAUGAGGCCUGGAGCGAGGAUGUUGGCCACGUGUGAUCUGGGCUUCCUGCGUCGGGGGUGGACCAGGGCUUCUUCAAGGGGAUGA